AAGUAAACAAACAUCAUGGCGGCCAAGGUGAUGUUCUAUUUCACCACUACCGUCAUGCUUUGCGCCCGCCUGCUCCCUAUCGAAGCUUUACAGGUUCAGAUCCCGGAGGUAGUGACGUUGCGCCACGUCCAGGUGCAGAUUGACGUGACCGACGUUCCCGGGUAUCCACCUGGCUACAACGAGUCGUGCGCGACGUCACACGUCACGGGCAACAAGGCUUUGAUGCUGAACGUGUCGAUGAAGGUCUUCGCUCCUGGUAUUCAGAUAGACACCGAAUUCUUUUCACCCGAUCAAAACGCCCUGGUCGCAGUGGACACAGACAACGAUCACUGUGGCAUGUCCUGGACUGAUGUGUACAACACCCCGUUCCCCCUCCAACACCUGAACCAUGAGAUGACACGGGUCUACUGUGAGCAUGCGCCGAACUACCCAUCUGGCAGCCGUGGCGGGGUGACGUCACCGAUCGACAUUAAUGUCUUGCAGCCUCCCUUCAACCCAGAUGACCCAAUACAACACAAGCUCCUGCCCGAGACCUGGUCCCUCAUGUUUUCUCCGACCUGGGUACAGAAGAACACUCCGUACGUGGUGCUGGACAUGACUGUGGGCCAUCUGAGGGCGGAUGUGUGGACAAGCUGGGUCUGCCGGGCCACCGGGGAUCCACUCAACAUGGAGGUGUACCUGGCACUGGCACCGGCAGGUUGCCCAAGUGGUAAGUACGGCGGCCGGUGCGACCGGGACUGUCUGUGUGAGAACGCCGCCGCCUGUCACCCCUUCAACGGAGCCUGCAAAUGUCGGCUCGGCUGGAAGGGCGUCGCCUGUGACAUCGGUAAGAAGUGUCAUGUGCAAAGAAAUAAAAAUCCAGCCUCUUCAAGAUCCUACAUCUAA